GCCUCCUGCUCCUCCCCCUUCUCCUCCGCAGUGACAUUGGGCUCCGAGACGCGAGCGCAGCAGCGACCUCAGCCUCCGAGUCCCGCAGCCGCCGCCAUGCUUCGAAUGAUCCUCAACCAGGCCAAGAAGCACCCAAGCUUGAUCACCCUGUUCAUAUUCAUCGGAGCUGGGGGCACCGGGGCAACUCUGUAUGUCAUGCGCCUGGCACUCUUCAAUCCCGACGUCAGUUGGGACAGAAAGAAUAACCCAGAGCCUUGGAACAAAAUGAAUCCCACUGAUCAGUACAAGUUCUACUCAGUAAACAUGGAUUAUAGCAAACUGAAGAAAGAAGGCCCAGAAUUCUAAGUGAAAAUGGUUUUUCCCAGCUGCUGAGAAUGAAGGUCUUCCAAAAGCCAUCCGCACAGUGCUCCACAAGAUUAGGAAAUGCUUGAUUUUCCCCUCAUGUUGCAUGAAAUCAUGUUGAGUUUAACAUGCAAAUAAAAAUGUGAAACGAAAAAAAAAAAAAA